UUGACAUAUGGCGGGAGAACUUUAGCAGCAGGCCAGCUAAGAAUAGAACGUAUCCGGAUUUAAUCGGCUUCAACCGCGCUGAAACAGAAUGGGAAUAAGUCGUUUAUAUAAGCAAGUUUGUGUGAGAAGCCAGGCAUACCUGAUUUAUCGUUCUUGUUCUACAGUCAGCCAAAUGGAGGAACUACCAAAAGAGAAAACUGUUCAACUAAGGAAUAAAUAUAUUGGUGAGGCCUGCCAGGUAUUCUUUGCUGACAACCCUUUGAAAAUCACUAAAGCCUCGGGCCAGUAUAUGUUUGAUGAAAAGGGAAACAAAUACCUUGACUGCAUCAACAAUGUUUGUCACGUUGGACAUUGUCACCCAGAAGUGGUUGAAGCAGGGUACCGUCAAAUGAAAACACUCAACACCAACAGCCGGUUCCUUCAUGACAACAUCGUAAGACUUGCAGAACAAAUCUCAGCAACACUACCAGAAGAACUCAAUGUGGUCUACUAUGUCAAUUCUGGAUCUGAAGCAAAUGAUCUUGCCCUGAGACUAGCUAAACACUACACAAAGAACACUGAAUUUAUCACACUUGAUCAUGCCUACCAUGGACACGUGAUAUCAAUAAUAGAUAUCAGUCCCUACAAGCUGAGGGUUCAAAAGGAUGGGGUGCAAACAUGUCCCACUCAUGUCUAUGUGGCCCCUUGCCCGGACAGGUACCGGGGCCUGUACAUGGACUGUGACCACCCUGGGGAGGACCUAGGGGAGAAGUACGCCAAUGAGGUGCGGGACAUCUGCAAGGUCAUUCUAGGUCGUGGCAAGAAUGUGGCGUGCUUCAUUGCCGAGUCCAUGCAGAGCUGUGGUGGGCAGGUCGUCUACCCUCCGGGCUAUCUCAAGCAAGUGUAUCGACAUGUUCGUGCUGCAGGAGGAGUGUGUAUUGCAGAUGAAGUUCAGGUUGGUUUCGGUCGAGCUGGAUCACAUUUCUGGACAUUCCAAACUCAAGGAGUUGUUCCUGACAUUGUGACUAUGGGCAAGCCUAUGGGAAAUGGCCACCCUGUUGCAGCUGUUGUCACUACAAAGAAAAUCUCCGCAGCUUUCAAACAGAGUGGAAUGACCUAUUUUAACACUUAUGGAGGUAAUCCUGUGUCUUGUGCCAUAGCUUUGUCGGUAUUGAAUGUCAUACAAAAAGAGAACUUGCAGACGAAUGCUCUUGAGACUGGCAACUACCUGCUGCAAAGGGGCAGAGAGUUGAUGAGCAAGCAUGACAUGAUUGGGGACUGUAGGGGCCUGGGCUUGUUUCUAGGCUUUGACCUUGUCCGUGACAGGAAGACACGUGAACCUGCCUAUAACGAGGCACAGUAUGUUUUGAAAAGGAUGAAAGAGGACUUCAACAUUCUCAUGAGCUCUGAUGGCCCUUACGACAACAUUCUGAAGAUGAAACCUCCUAUGUGCUUCAGCAAGGAGAACUGCGACCAAGUGAUUUCUGCCCUGGAUAAGAUCCUCUCUGGUAUGGGCGACAGAAAGUUUGAGCCCAGCCACCGAUGGUCAGUGGUGGACGUUUUUAGACCAGCAAGUGGGGCAAUGAAUCUGAAAGCUGCUUUGUAACGUGACAACGGCCUCAUGACUUAUCUGGCCUGGGCCCAUAUUCACCAACCCAUUCUCAGACUGAAGACUAACAAAUAUUCAUAGAAAUACAUUGGGAUUUGCCUGUGAACUGGCAAUCAUAUUUUUUGUUGCCUGUAUCCUUUAUUAAUUUUUAUAAAUCGAGAAUCAUGAAAUUACAGGACUGGUGCUAAGGGCAAUAUGGUUUUAAACAUUUAUCACUUUUAGAAGUUUAAGAAUAUUCUUAAUUAUUAUUUUUAAGUCUCCUGAUUGGUUGGUGUAUAUUGACCUUGCACUCUGAUUGGUUGAUGUAUAUUGACCAUGCACUCUUUGUCUGAGAUCUUUUACUUUGAAUGGAGUUAUUGGUUAUGGAGUUAUAUUUAAAAUUGUGUAAGCUUUGUUUUGAAAGCUUCAUGUAUAGAUAUUUAUUUUUGCUUGAGAAUUUAAGCUAUUCAAUGCAAAUUUCAUCACACAUAUUAAGUUAUAUUUGUAUAUUUGUACUACAAAAAUGUAAUCUACAUUUGUGUAAUAUGAAAUAAGUUUUUACCGGUAAAUAACGAUGAUGUUAUUUAUAUAUGCACCCUUUAGAUGAAUUAUAAUUGCAUAAGUUUUGUGGUUUAAAUAUUUCAUACAAAAGUGUAAGUGCAUUUUAAACCGUGGCUAAAUCUUAAUUGGUGCAUUGUUUAUGAUAUUAUGGGUCUUAACAGAUUGUUGGUACUCUUGUUUUUGAUAUAUGUGUUAAUUCUUUUAGUGUAUUGAUUGUUUACAUAAUUCUUGAUGUUGCGUUUUCUUCUAUUUCUGAUUUACACAUCUGGCAUGUAGCCGGGAAAAAUCACCUCAGGAAUCCAUUUAAAUCACAAUGUAAGGGAAUAGUUUGGCAGCAAUCAUAUAGGAAAGGAUAAAGACCUCAGUACAAAUACAAAUUGUAUAUAUUUGUUUUUAAAAAUUAGUGGUUUCUUGCAUGGUCUGAUUGUUUUAAAACUUGAUGUUAACUCUCUUUUGUAAAUGGUUACUCUGUUAAUUCAAGUAUCUGGUAAUAUAGGGAAAAUGAGUAAUACUGAUGAUCACGGGUGCUUUACAUGCUUCUGAUGAUAAAUAAAUUAAACAAUCUGCA